UCAUGCUGCUGCGAAGUCCAGAGUCUCUCAUGGGUCCCUGUACGGACCUCCCAUUGCUGCUGUCUCCAUCGCCACACUCUGCCAUGGCCACUUUCAGGUCUCCUCACACAGCUGGUGUGUUCCCUUUUUUUGUCAUAGGGUGCUGGCAGAUUACGGGCCUCCCAUAGCUGCUGCCAGGCCGCCCUAAUCUGCCAUGGGCCCCUAUACCGCCUCCUCAUGCUGCUGUUAAUCAGGGUCCAGAGUCUUCUCAUGGGUCCCUGUACGGCCUCCCAUUGCUGCUGUCUCCAUCGCCACACUCUGCCAUGUGCCACUUUCAGGUCUCCUCACACACUGCUGGUGUGUUCCAUUUUUUGUC